GUCCUCGCCUUUUUCUUCCAACGAGCACCAGGGCAGUGUGCGUCGUUGCCAUGCGCCCCCUCUCCCUGCACUUAUCCGCUCUCAACGACCACGAAUACGACCUCUACACCUCUUCCUUCAACGAUCUUGCUGAGCUCCCAGACUCGGGUCAUGGUCCGAGGAGCAUCGUCCAGAAGAGCACUCGCUACGAAGACACCCGCGUCGGCGUCCGCGAGGCGAGGGCAUGGCUUAGAGGUCGAUACUCGAACCUGUCUUCUAUCGACAUAGAUAUGAUUCUGAAACUGUUCUGCCCAAACAUGCUCUCAUCCGACUUUCUCUCCGGAGACCAGUUUUUUGCAGUCCUGCGCCUCGUUCUCCAUGUUCAGGAUGGUAAACCCGUCGAUCGCAAUCUCGCAUUUGUACAAACAUACCCUAAACCUAGUAAACCCAUCCAAUCUUCGCCUCCUUCACCUCCCAAGCCGCAAUUACCUGCACGCGCCCCUCCACCCCCGGCGCGAGCACCGCCUCCUCCAUUGCAUCCCACUCAUCCAGACACGAACCCUUUCUCCCGCAAAUCCAUGGACAGAAUCCGAUCACCUCCGCCCACACCAGACUUGCUCCCCACUGUCGCACCCGCCCUUCCACCCAAGAUUAGCCACAACCCGUUCCUUCAGCAAGACAAGGUUGGCUCCGUCAACGACGACUCAUCACAUCCACCUGUCAUCCCGCCCCUUCCUCCUCGCAAGCCCGCCAUGCCCCUCCCACCUAGGCGUACAACCGCGCCACCAGCUGUUCACCAGACGGGCAUACCCUCAUCCGCACCGCCCACCAUCAAAGAGAAGGGCCCGCCACCGAGCGUGCCGCUCAAGCCGAGCCGCAUGACCAGCCCGCUCAUGCAGCAGUCGCUCGAGGCUAGUCGCCACGCACAGAAUGUCAAGCGUGCUGAGGAGCUACGCAAUAAUGAGCGCGUCAUGCAGGUUAUACGUACAUCUGGAUCUCCGGCACCGAGUACGACAUCACGCGCAUCGCGCUCCGCGUCGCCAGUGAGACCCCCACCUCCACCACCUCUAGGCGCGAAGGGUAGACGGACGUCCGAGUUCAGGCAGAAGCAGGGUUCGUCGAUAUCAGCAUCGGAAGGGACGUCGGGCUCUUCAUCCUUGGCCAAGAAACCGCUCGUGCAGAAACCACGGGCCUCGAAGGUGAAACCGAAGGUCAACCCGCAUCCGACGUUCAGCGACACCGACUCCAGCGAGUCCGAGUCCGAAGCUUCCUUUUAUGAGGUGGCUGGCGCGACCCUGACGCGCUCAGCUCCGAGCACAACAUCCCCGACACGGACACCAACCCCAGUCCCUGACCCGUUCCGUCCCCCGCUUCCUUCGCGCGACUCCACCUCAACAUUCGCAUCAGCCUCGACUUCCUUUGCAGCACCACCCACACACCCGGACCGCCGUCCCUCUGACACAGUAGAGACCCUUCCUAGCCCAACAACUCGCGUCUUCCGUUCGCGCUCGCUGCAUUCGCCCAACAGCACGCCGCCUAUCCCUCCGCCCCGCAAACGUCCUGAAUCCGCACAGAUCAAUACCCCAAUUCAUAAAUCUUCCAUCGCUUCACUCGGACACGCGCACACACGCACGACCUCUUACCAGGGCGUAUCCCGCCAUCUCUCGCUCUCCUCCCACCCCCAUACUUCUGCCUCGACCUCUACAGCGGGCGGCACGGCCGCAGGCGAGUUCGGAGAAGGCAUAUCCAACAUCCAACGCACCCUCGCGCAGCUGCAGAUGAAGGCCCAGCCCAAAUUCGACGCCGCGAGAUAUAAAGCCGAGGCUGGGCUUUCUCGACGAGGCUUUGUCGGUGGCGGUGGACGUGGGCUCGGGAUGCAGGGAGACGAGGGCACGCAGGGGCUCAUGGGCGACGACCGUUCGCGGGACCGCGAUCAAAGCUGGGACCGAAGACGCAAUGGUUUCGGUACAGGUACAGCGUCGGGGCUCGUAGCGAACGACGAUGCGGGCGUGGACAUGGGCGGUCCGGGGCCGGCGUCGAUCUCGAUCACGGAUUCGGACUCGGAGCUUGAUGAUGUCGGCCGCGACCAUCGCGGGCGGCGGAACUUGGGCGAGUUCGAGGGCAGGGAGUACCUCUACGAGCGGGACAACCUUAAAUGGCCUGCUGGGGACGGGUGGAAGCCGCUUUCGUAGCUUGCUUGUUUGCUCGUGGCGUCUUCUUGAGCUUGGGGAGAGAUGAAGCUGGUACAGGUGGACGACGAUUUCUUGGACGAUGAGUAUCUUUUGGCAUUUUCAGCAUUAUCAGUUUGCCGCCUUUUCGUAUACUGUAUAUAUACGCACCCAACCCGAGGAACACUAAUGAAA